AAUUAUUUUAAUCCUCUAAUUUAUUUAGCUAUCCGAAGAGAAGAAUUUCGUUUAAAUCGUUCCUCAGAGCUUUUAAGGCUUUCAGACUUGGGGCUCUCCCCGAACGAAUCAAACAUUGCAUUGUGGGGGAAGCGUCAAAAAGAAAUUGAUAAGCGCUUCCAGGAUUCCGCCACACCUGUUUUUUAUGCAAUGCUUACAUUGUCUGUUGCUACAUUUUGUGCUGCGUUUAUACAGAGACUAGUGUGGGAAAUCUCUGCAAUCCGCCAAGUCUUUAGAGCCAAAAAAGCAUAUAUUCGCAAACUUUUGCAUAUGGAUAUUGCCUGGCUUGAAUCUAGACAUUCUGGACAAGUUGCCUCUGUUCUCAAUGACCAGGCUGAUUGUAUUUAUCAAGGGAUGGCUGACCAUUUACCUAUGUGCUUUUUUAUUAUUUGUUAUAUGGCUGUUACAAUUUCUGUUUGUUUGUAUAUACAUUGGCAAGUGACCGCAUUCAUUUUACUUGCAAUUCCAUUGUUAAUCUGUACAAGACUUGUAUUUAGUCGAUGGUUUUGUAAAACAAUGGAGACCGAAACACAGUUGCAAACAAAAAUAACAAAUUUGGUACACGAAACUUUUAGUUGUAUUCGCACUGUUAUUGCUUUUGGAGCCCAACGACAAAGCAUUGGAAAAUAUGAACGUCUAAGUUUGGAGCACAAAAAGAUUACUGAAGAGCGUCUCCGGGCCUCUUCAGUUUACAAUUCACUCGCCCAAGUACUCUUCACAGAAUUAAUAUUCACUGCCGCCCUGUGUUUUGGAGUUUGGAGGUCUGGAAAUGAGAAUCCUGGGCGUUUAGGGGCUUUGGCAAUAAAUAUGUUAUUUUUGUGUGCUCAAUCUGUCAGUAUUGGAUUCCAUUUAAACGGCGUUUCUACAGCAAGACGAAGUGCGAAAGAAAUGCAGACCAUACUUAAGGAAGCCCCAAUGAUUGAGAGAGAUAUACCAACAAAGAGGAGCACACUUUUGAAAAGGUUAACGAGAAGGAUCGUCCCUGCAAAAAUGGCCCCAAUUGAAAAACUACAACCCAAAGAAAAUACAAAUCAAACUAUUGGGAGGGGAGCGAUUAGUUUUAAAGAUGUGCAUUUUAGCUAUCCUUCUCGACCGGACGUUGAGGUCAUCAAAGGGCUUAGCUUUGAAGUGGCUGCUGGCGAGCAUUUAGCAAUAGUGGGAGCUAGCGGUUCUGGAAAGUCGACAAUAACAGCAUUAAUUUUGCGUUUUUAUGAUCCCUGUAGUGGAAGUGUCAGUAUGGAUGGUGUUAAUUUAAGAGAUAUGGAUCCAGAUAUCGUUCGAGCUCAAAUUGGUCUAGUCAGUCAGGAACCCGUUCUCUUUGAUGGAACCAUUGCAGACAACAUUAGAUACGGACUUUUGGGGGCUUCCCAAGGCGAUGUGAACGACGCAGCUAGACGGGCAGAAAGUUGGUCAUUUAUCAGUGCCCUCCCAGAUGGAAUGAGAACUCGAGUAGGUGAUCGUGGAGUUCAACUAAGUGGUGGACAGAAGCAAAGGGUGGCUAUUUGUCGAGCUGUUAUUCGAAAUCCUUCUUUAAUGAUUUUUGAUGAAGCUACCUCUGCAUUGGAUACAAAACAUGAAGGGGAAGUUCAAAAGGCGAUUGAUGCAGCAAUUAGAGGUGUUAGUACAAUUACUAUCGCACACAGACUGAGUACAAUAAGGAAGGCUGAUCGCAUUAUAGUGCUGGACGAAGGAAGAAUAGUUGAACAAGGCAGUCCUCAAGAAUUGCUCUCAAACCCUAAUGGUCAAUUUACCCGAAUGUUUCUGGAUCAAAAAUUGGCUACUUUGGUGGAACCUAAAAGACCUCCUCCUCCCGCUCAGGAUCGCUUGACUGAAUUAAAAUCUAUUACUGGAACAAGAAGGGAUUCAACUUUAGGAGGAAAGUUUAGUAUUGGACCUGCUGACCAGCCUGGAUUUAUGGACUCCUUGUUGGCUAAACGCCAGGCCUGGACUCGAUCUUCAGUUGGAGCAAACAAAAAGAUGAGUAUUGGAAAAUCCUAUUCAGUUUUAAGCAUGGAUCGAGAGAAAUUAAAAGCUUUGCCUGUUUUGUCAAAGAAAAGGUCUAUGCUGAGGUCUAAACCAAACGUUAUGGAAGUUGCUCCGGAAGUUGAGGAAGAAGUUAAAAGUUAUACGGAAGAGGAUUUUUCUUUGCCUGGAAAACACACAAAUUUAAGAGCUGUUUGGCGCCUGAUUCGUGAUUUUAAAGGAGGGCAUGUUCACUUGGCGUUGGCUAUUCCUAUUACGGUUUUGAGAGGAGCCCUGUUUUUAUUAGUUUGUUUUGAGGUUGCCUCACUUCUUGAGAUUUCUAUAGUACCUGCAGAACAACUUUCAGAAAAAGUUUUUAUUGUUGCCUGUAUUUACGUUGCGAUUAUUAUUGUCAAAACAAUGUUUGAAGCUGUUGGGAGACUCUCAGUUGCUUUAUAUGGUCAUGGUUUUUGUACUCAUAUGCGUCUUCAAAUGUUCAGACAACUAUUGCGCCAUGGAGUUGCUUAUUUUGACGAGGAUAAGAAUACACCUGGUCGACUUGUUCACAGAUUAAUUUCAGACACUGCAAGUUUAAACAGGAUUCUUGGUUCAAAGCUGGAUAUGUUAUUACCUUCACUUGUUUGUGCUUUUGUUUCUAUAACUAUUGCGUUAUUUUUAAAUUGGAAGUUAGCCUUACUCUGUGGUUUUCAAUUCCCAGCCUUCUUUUUUGUACGUAUUGUGGAAGUGCGUGAAACUAGUAAAAGACAACGUCAAAUGGCAGAAGAGGAGAAAAAGGCUGCUACAUACACAAGUAUAUUCCUCACCAACAUGCCAACAAUCAAAGCUUAUUCUCUUCAAUCACACUUUCAUCGUAUUUUUUGUGAUGCCCUCAGACCUCUUAAAAAAUCUAUGAGACGUCAAUCAAUUGUUUCUGCUUUUGUUUUUGCUUGUCAAUUUUCUUUUACUUAUAUUCUUUGUGCCAUUACUUUACAUAUUGGGGAAAUGAUGAUGUUGGCAAAUGAAAUUGGGUUAGUUUUUUAUUUGUUUUGUUUGUAUUUUGUUUUGAAUGUGUUUUGGUGUUUUUGUUUUAUUCAUGUUUUGUUUAUGUUUGUUUUGUUUUAUCUAUUUCUGUUGUGUUUGUUUAUUUAUUUGUUUUGUUUUGAAUGUGUUUUGGUGUUUUUGUUUAAUGUUUUGUUUAUGCUCUGUUUGUUUUGUUUUAUGUAUUUCUGUUGUGUUUUUAUUGUUUUAUUUGUUUGUAUUUUGUUUUAUGUGAGUUUUGGUUGUUUUUGUUGUGUUUUUACAUCUUGUUUGUUUUGUUUUAUUUGUUUUCCUGUGUUUCGGUUGUUUUUGUGUUUAUCAUGUUUUGUUUUAUUAUUGAUUGAAAAACGUUUACAUGUUUUUGGGGAAAAUGUUAGAUGUUGGUGGAUAUUUAUGUUUGCGAAUUUCUUUCUUUUUUACUUCAUUGUUGGAUGUGUUUUAUUUGUUUUCAAUGUUUGCUUUCCUUUUGAUUACCUCAGAGUUGUUUUAUUAACCCAGUUUGGUGCAAAUUAUCUUUCUUUAUUGGUUGCUUCAGUUUCCGAUUUAAAAAAGGCUAGAACUGCUGCUGAGGGAAUUCUUAAUGUUUUGAUUGAACCUGCAGCGGAUAUGGACAACUUGAGCGAUGAAGGAUUCCGUCCGAAAUUCGAAGGCCGUCUUCGUUUACAUCGUGUUGAAUUUCGCUACCCUUCUCGACCAAUCGUUCCAAUUCUCAAAAAUAUUAGUUUUGAAGUAAAAUCAGGGGAAACUUUGGCAAUUGUUGGGCCUUCAGGUUGUGGAAAAAGUACUUUAAUGGCUUUAAUGCAAAGAAUGUAUUCUCCAACAAGAGGGCAAGUAUUGCUUGAUGGAUAUAAUUUACGUCAAAUAAAUGCUCAAUAUCUUCAUAGAGUUAUUGUUUCUGUUGGGCAAGAACCUACUUUAUUUUCUUUUACAAUAAGAGAAAAUAUUGCUUUUGGUCUCCCAGAUGAUGAAGCAGGUUUAGAUAGAGUUCAAGAAGCUGCUAAACUUGCAAAUAUUCAUGAUUUUAUUGAAUCAUUACCUAAAGGGUAUGAAACUGAAGUUGGUGAAUUUGGAGGUCAAUUAAGUGGGGGACAAAAACAGAGAAUAGCGAUUGCACGUGCUAUAAUUAGAAAACCUGUAAUUUUACUUUUGGAUGAAGCUACGGCUGCUUUAGAUUCUGCUAGUGAAAGGGCUGUACAAAGCGCGUUGGAUAGAGCUAGUCAACAUUGUACGUGUAUUCAAGUCUCACAUCGCCUUUCAUCCAUCCGAUCGGCUGACCGAAUUAUUGUUUUAGUUGAGGGUCGUAUUCAUGAACAAGGCAAAUAUUUAAUUUUUUAAAAGGGGAUAACAAAAAAAAAUAAAUUUAGGCACCCAUCAAGAAUUAAUGGCUAAUAAAGGUCUUUAUUAUGAAAUGAAUCAGAUAGACCAAGCAUCGUAAAAUAAAUUUUCUAUAUCUAUUUUUUUCAAAUAUUUUUUUAUAUUUUUUUAUUCCUUUUGAUUCGAUUUUUAAAAAAAUUUUUAAAUUUUUUUAUUUGAAAAGUUUUGGUAGAAAUUUUUUUCUGAGGGAGAGAGGCUAAUGUUCCUUUCCCCCCAUACCUCCUCUAAACCUAUACCACAAAUCUUAUCCCUGGAACGUUCUCUUUUUUCUUUCUCCUUUUUUUAUUCUUCCAUGCAUAUCCUUUUUGGUAUAUUAUUCAUUCAUCCGGAAUGAAGCAGAAACUUUUAAAAGAAAAUAUACCUCUCUUUUUUGAUAGCAAAAAACCUUUCCGGUAGUUGCCGGUUAGUUUGUGGGAGACACAAAAAAAAGGGAGAAAAGUGGCCAGGAUAAAUGGAGUAAUAUAAAAAAGGGAGGUAAACUGAGGAGAAAGAGAGAAGGGGGAAAUUUAGAAGGGGAAAUAUAGCCCCAUUAUUGUUAAAAAAGGAUGUGCGCAAUUCCGUGGAAAAAAAAUUUAUUUUGACAGUUGACAAGCUUUUGGGAUUUAUGAAAACUAUCA